AUGUCUUCCCAGCAGUCGGUACCCAAGGCCUCGCCGCCGGGGUCCGUCACCUCGUCGUCCGACCGCGGCGCGCCGGACUCGAAAACGCCCGUGGCCGUCGUCGACGACGACAAGCGGCCUCCCGUCGACGUGACGCCGCCGACAACGCCCGCGCUCGCGACGCAGGAGACGCAGCGCAUGGAGGCCGCGCUCGGAGACGCGAUCCUGCGCUUCUUCGGGAUCCGAAAGGGCCCCAAGGCCGACGUCUACGACCUCGACGCGAUCGCUACGCAACCCAGCAUCUGGGACUCGGAAAACGUCGAGGAAUACAAGAGCCUCUACAUCCACCCGCAGUGGGAGAACUGGUCCGCCUUCGACCCCAGCUUCCGCUGGACGUGGAGGGAGGAGCGAGCGGUGCGACGCAAGGUCGACUGGAAGAUCAUGGUUUGGGCCUGUAUCAUGUUUGCGGCUCUCAACAUUGACAGGAACAACAUUUCCAACGCCGUGUCGGACAACAUGCUCGACGAUCUCGGCCUGACGCGAGGCGACUACAACAUUGGUCAAACCAUCUCGCGAGUUGGUUUCCUCGUCGCUGAGCUUCCGUCCCAGCUGAUCUCCAAACGCAUCGGCCCUGAUCUGUGGAUUCCGAUCCAGAUCUGCCUCUUCUCCAUCAUCUCCGGCGCCCAGUUCUUCCUUAAGGGCCGGGCCUCGUUCCUUGCGACGAGAUACUUGAUCGCGUCGUUUCAAGGCGGCUUCAUCCCCGACACGAUCCUCUAUCUCAGCUACUGGUACACCGGUACAUCGCUUCCGAUCCGUCUUGCCUGGUUCUGGAUGUCGUCGCAGCUGGUCGAUAUCGGAGUCGGUUUCGCCGCUGUUGGACUUGUAUCCAUGCGUGGCAUCCUAGGCUACGAGGGAUGGCGGUGGUUGUUCCUCGUCGAGGGUGCCUUCACUUUCACCGUCGGACUGGCCUCGUUCUUCCUCAUGCCUCAGUGCCCGGCCAAGACGAAAAGCUGGUGGAGGCCCAAGGGCUACUUCACCGAGAAGGAGGCGAAGAUCAUUGUCAACUCUGUGAUCCGCGAUGACCCCCAGAAGGGAGGCAUGUACAACCGGCAAGGCCUCUCCGUCAGGCAGAUCUGGGAGUGCUCCAAGGACUACGACAUGUGGCCGCUCUACGCCCUCGGCCUGCUUUUCGGCCUGCCCAAGUACCCCGUCAGCCAGUACCUGACGCUCUCGCUGCGCGACCUCAAGUUCAACGUCAUCCAGACCAACCUGCUGUCGAUCCCCAACAUCAUCGGCUCCAGCGUCACGAUGCUGCUCAUCACCGCCGCCAGCGAGCUGCUGAACAACCGCAGCUUCGUCGCCAUGGCCGAGGACGCCUGGCUGCUGCCCUGCUUCGUGGCCCUGAUAGCGUUGGCGGACCCGAUCAGCCCCUGGGCGUACUUUGCCAUCGCCACGGUUCUCCUUUCGUUCCCGUACACGCACCCAAUCCAAGUUGCCUGGACUAGCAGAAACGCUGGUUCUGUGCAGAACAGGACGGUUUCCGCCUCGCUUUACAACAUGUUUGUGCAAGUCAGUGGCAUGAUCGGCGCCAACAUCUAUCAACCGGACGAUGCGCCGAGAUACUUCAAAGCCAACAAGGGCCUGCUGGUCAUCUGCAUCUGGAUGUGUUUCGUGCAAUACCCCUUCACGUACUUCUACUACCGGUGGAGGAACAACUCCAAGGCCAAGCAGUGGGAUGCCAUGACGCCCGAACAGCAGCACGAAUACCGAGCCAACACCACCGACAAAGGAAACAAGCGGCUCGACUUCCGCUUCGCAACCUAG